ACAGCAAUCAACAGUCAACCAACCUACAUCCCAAAGUGGCUCCAUCUUCGGACAGCAAUCAACAGUCAACCAACCUACAUCCCAAAGUGUUUCCAUUUUCGGACAGCCAUCCCCGAUGAAUCAGCCUGGAGCCCAGAGUAAUUCCAUUUUCGGACAGCUACAGACUCAGGCCCAGCCUUCUAUGAGUCAGGUUCCAUCCUUUGGAGAGACCUCUGGGUUUGGAAAGCCACCUCCUGCUUUUGGAAGCUCUCAUAUUAUCAUCACCUCCAGUUCUGGGCAGACUUCGUCCGGACAGACGGCCUCGUCUAACGUAUUCAGUGCUGCGCAGAAUGUGAACCAGAACCAGGGGUUUGGACGCCAAGAGUUCAGUUUCAAGCCACCCACAGAGUCUGUAUUCAAACCCAUCUUCAGUAGCAGCCCAGAGUUGGGUAACAACCAAACCCUGACAACUUCUAGCUCAUCGUUUGGAGGAAGCAGCUCACAGAGGGGUUCCAGUUCCACUGCCUUCUCUGCUCUGACCGGAGCCAAGUCUGGGCCGACAGGUUUCAGCUUCACACAGCCAGCUGCAACCUCCUCUGUAUCCAACCAGCCGACAACUGCUAACAGUAAUCAGGGCAGCAGCACUCCUCACUUUACCUUCACCAAACCUGCUGCCCUGCCUGGAUCCAGCUCCACUGGUCCCACCACAGAGCCCACCACCCCAUCAUCCUUCAAUUUCACAGCCAGUGCCCUGCAGACUCAGCCAACUCAGUUCUCAUCGAAUGUUACUUUCAGUCAGACUCCAUCAUUUGGAGGCAUCCACCCUAAGGCAGAGUUUAGUACUGAUGGAAAGGAAGGCGGCACAAAUGUAUUUGGUCGCCUCGGGAAAGCAAUCAAGAGGAAGGAUGAUCCUGCAGCUUCUAGCUCGGGUUUCGAGAAGCCGGCUGCUGAAGAGGAUGCUCCAGCUGACACGGAUUCACCAAGACAUCCUGCCAAGAGGCAGGUAACGAGGUCCCGUGGUCCUGCGGGCUUGUUUGGCCAGGCGUUGAGCGGGAUCCGUAAGAACCAGGGAAACCCAGUGAAGAGGGAGGCAGCUAAUGAGGCUUUGAGACAAAAUCCAAAACUGGAGGAAGAAGAAAAACCUCAGGGGAAUGACCCCUCUGCUCUGCCACCCACUGCACAGAUACCAACUAGAGACGCUGUAGGAAAACCAGAACGAUCAGACACAGUGGUCCCUCCAAGCUCAGUGGCCGAAGCGUUGACCCCCGUCGGCCAAGGAGCACGCAGGGACAGCCUGGACAGUCUCAGCGGGUUGUCUCCCAGCGAUCUCACCACCAUCAUGUGCAGGAAUAUUCCUCCAAGCCUUAACAAAAAAGACGUGAUCGAGAAGCAUUUUGCCCGUUUUGGAAAAGUCUGUAAAAUCUUCUGCCGACCCAAUAAGAACCUGGCGAUCGUUCACUUUGAGGACCAUGUUUCCGCUGCCAAAGCAAAAAGGCGAGGAAAAGUCCUGCAUGGAGAGGAGCUGCUCCUCCUCUGGCAAAAGAAGAAGCAAAGUCCCGGUGAUAAAAGCAGCAGAUCUCCGCCAGAAAAGGACAAAUUUGCAGGAGAAAGUCCUAAAGUUGAAGAGCCCAAACCCGGUUCUUCCCCUCUCAGGCGACCCACACUUAUGCCCCCCACAGUCAGCAGCCAUCUCACCUUUAGACAAAGCUCUCCUUUGAGACCGUCUCCAUCCAAGCAGCCGCUGUUUGAUCCAGAGCCUCAAAAAGAGAACCUCACAGAGCCGCAGAGCUCAGAGCGAAAUGUCCCGUCAUCCCUCAGCCACCUCAUAGGACAGUUCGCAGAGACUGCCGAGGACAGAUACCGCAUCCUGGAGCAGAGAGACAAAGUUCUUCGUCAAGAACGACCAAAGAGGACAGACUUGGACCUGUCCAGGGUUUUUGUAGGGACGUGUCCCGACAUGUGUCCAGAGAAGGAGAGGUACAUGAGGGAAACACGGAACCAGCUCAGCGUGUUCGAGGUUCUCCCAAACACAGAGAUGGUGGAUCAUGAAGCGGCUAUAAAGGAGUACAGCCGUUCCUCCGCCGACCAGGAGGAGCCUCUUCCUCAUGAGCUGCGGCCCCUUCCGGUGCUUAGAAUGACCAUGGACUACCUGGUGACCCAGAUCAUGGAUCAGGCUCAAGACAACCUGAGAGACUGGUACGACUUUGUGUGGAACAGAACCCGAGGGAUUCGCAAGGAUAUCAUCCAGCAGCGCCUCUGCUGCCCCGACACCGUGGCGCUGAUAGAGAAGUGCACGCGCUUCCACGUGCACUGCGCCCACCACCUCUGCGAGGAGCGCCUGUCGUCCUUCGAUGCCAAAAUCAACAACGAGAACAUGACCAAGUGCAUGCAGAGUCUGAAGGAGAUGUACGAGGACCUGGCCACGCAGCAGACCUUCUGCCCCCGGGAGGCAGAGUUCCGCCAGUACAGCGUCUUGCUGAAACUCAAUGAUGGCGACAUCCUUCGGGAGGUGCAGCAGUUCCGCGACGAAGUCCGUAAAUCUCCUGAGGUGAAGUUUGCCGUUCAAGCCUUUGCUGCUGUUAGCAGCAACAACUUUGUGCGUUUCUUCAAGUUGGUGAAAAGAGCUUCCUACCUGUCCGGCUGCCUCCUACACAGAUACUUCAACCAGGUCCGAUCGAGAGCCCUGAAGACCCUGAACUGGGCUCACACUGUGGGUCCGCGAUCAACCCCGUUUCCGGUGGACGACAUCGUCCGAAUGUUGAUGUUCCGCAGCGCCGCAGAGGCGACAGACUUCAUUCAGCAAUAUGGGCUCAAUGUUAAUGAUGGGAUGGUGGAGCUGAGUCGGACGUCCUUCCAGGAACCGGAACUGCCGCUGUCUCUGAAGAGGUCCGACGUGAUCCUGGCUAAGAAAGCGGCUCUGAUCGGACAGGUGGUGAACGGCGGUCCACUUCCAAACCCACCUCGGCACACUCCCGUCUGCAGCUUCGACUCGCAGAGCAAAUUCCGAGGAGACGGCGUGCUGACAGAGCCCAGCUUCAGCUCCAUUAGAGCUGACGCUGUGGAGGUCAGCUCCCCGCCCCGCACAGAGGUGCCCCCCCAGUUUGCGUUGAUCAAAGCUCUGGAUGCUCCGACCGCUGCAGCUGAGAGGGGAGAAUCGUUUCAACCUGCAGCUCAGCUCUUUCAGCCUAUCCCUCAGCCUGAGCUCAUCAAACCUCCAUCACCUGCACCCAAACCUCAGCCGGUCUACAGCGAGGAGGACAUCAUGGCGGAGGUGGACGCUGUGAUAGAGGAGGUGGUUGGAGCAGAGGUCAGGGCGGUGGCUGAUGGUGGCGCCAGCUACGCCAAAACUGCUCUCAUGGAGAGCAGUGUGCAGGUGGAGGCUCUGGUGGGUGAGGUGUCAGAACAGAUGUUGAAGGAGAUAUCAGCUACGGAGAUCAAGUUAGAGCAAGAGCGACUUGCUGAAGAGAAACGCAGACUCGAAGAGGCCAGGAGGAGGCAGGAGCAUGAAGCUUUCCUGAUGCAGUUCAGUGGUUCUCUCUGCACAGAGAUUAUCCAUGAGGUGGUUGACGAAGCUGUGAAGGAAGCCGCCACCUCUGAGAUCCAGGAAGCAUUAAAGGAGAAAGCGGUGCGUUUUGCUAAAUGCACCGAGCAGAUCUGGAGCAGCUUGAUUGAGGAGACUUUGAACUCAGACAUGGCCCAGCUGGCAGAAGAAGUUCUGGAGGCGGAGAAGGAGCUGAUCCGCAAGUUCAUCAAAAGGUGGCGUGAAGUGGUCGCAGUUCGCCGUCAGCUGAAGCGACAGAUGAGAAGUUUUCCUGCGGCGCCAUGCUGCGUGGACCCCCGCUUCAAGCUGAGGGCCCUCGCUCCCAGCGCCCCCGCACGGCCCUCCAUGGCCGAUCUGGCUCGAGGUCUCGUGAACCUGGGGAACGGCGGCUUGUUGGCCGUGUCCAGCACCAGGUUGUUAGAAAUGAGACGAAGCGCCGUCCACCAGAUGAGAGUCCAUUUCUACUAUCAACAGCUGCUUGAGGAGAAGUCCUGGAAGCCUCUGGAUCUACCAUCCCUGGCUACAGAAAACGCUCCAGCCUCCAUUGACAGGAUCUUCUGGAAAGCUCUGCUGCUCUUACCCAGCGAUCAGGAAUGCAAGGUUAGCCCAGCAGACAGGAUCCUGUCAGAUUGGCUGGAGGUGAAACUGGGGCGUGAUCCAGAAUGUGAGGAGGAGGAGGAGACAGACGGGAGCCUGAAGACGCUCUGCGUCUCCAACAGUCUGCAGGAAAAGGGAGAGGGAACUUAUAAAGUCCACAUUACAGUCAAGGCUUCCAGAGGUCCUCUGACGACAGCCGGCCUUUCUGGAGCGGAGGAAUUCUGUGAGCUGCAUGGCACCAGAGCCAUCAUCAUGCUGCUUCCUGCGCAGCCCCUCGUGGAGCCGGAGCAGGAAGAGCAGGACGUUCCUCUGCUCUCCGCUCUGCUUCAGCUCAAACAGCUGCAGCAGAUCAACAGCUGGAACUGCCCGCUGCCUCUGGUCAUCUUGGUACCCUGGCCCCACAGCGAUGCUGACGCCCAGAGACUGGAGGAAGCCCUGAAGCUUCACGCUCUGAUUAAAGAAGAGCUCAUCUCUGAGUUCCUGCUCGUCUUCAUACCAGAUUCAACCAGUGACCUGCAGGGAUCCGAGCAGCUGAGCCAGGCCGUCCGCUGGCUCCUGGGCCGCUCUCCACCCGCCCCCCCUCUGUCCUGUCGGACCCUGGUGCAGCUCAUCGAGGCCAGUUUGAGUCAAGAGUUCUGUCCCAGAGUUUACUCCAACCGGCAGAAUCGUGCCGCCGUGCAGCUUCCCUGGCAGGAGGCGGCGCCCGUCGUCCAUCUGUAUAACGCCGUCCUGGCUCACGUUGCUGAUAGAGUCUGCUCCAGGAAUCUCUCUGACCUUUCCUGGCCUCCUGCCGAGUUCAGCCAGCCUGAAACCAGAGAGUUUAUCCCUUAUCUGGGCUGGAACUCUGAGCAGCAUCUUUCAUGGCUCCGUGCGGUUAUCCUCAGCCUGCUGCUGCCGGAGUGGGAGGAAAUACCUGCUGCAGACUCCUGGUCGGACAUCUGCUCCUCCAUCUUUCGUUACGCUUCUAAGAUCCCAGCUUCCCGUCACAGUCAGCCGCUCCUCAUGUCGCGACUGGAGAACCUUCUGGAAAAGGUCAGAUUAAAGGCUCAACUCCCCCAACCCAACAGAUCAAGGCUAACUGGUGGAAAUAUGGACCUGGAAGAGUCGAGGAUUUGCUCAGCCUUCAGACUGAUUCCAUGGGAUGAUGUUGUGCUGAUCUUCAUCGACCACAAACUGAAAGACUGGCAUCCGCCCGGACCUCCUGCCUGUCCAGACGCAGUGACGGAGGACGGGGAGAUCCUGGUUUACUUCCCCACAGGUUCUCUAGAGGGUUUCAGACCUCCUGCAGAGUGGACGCAGGCCGUGGAAAAAACCCACCUAGAGAAACAGCAGGAGAGAGACCGAGUGACUCAGCCUUCCUGCACUCCGCCUCCUGCUCCUUUCUUCAGACAGAAGUUGUUCUGCAGCUUGGUGGAGGCCCCUGAGACACCGAGGGCCCCUCUAGACAUCACACACACUCCCACAGCAGAGGAGCUGCUGGCCCACAAAGUCCUUCAGAGCUUGGAAGAAGAAAAGGUUGAAAGCAAGAGGAGCUUGGAGCAGCUGCAGCGCUGGCUGGAUGGUGACCCGUUGGACCAGUUGUCCACUCCGCUCUUCAUCCCGUCCUCCACCCUACUCUCCUCACCCACCAUGAAAGCUUCUCCCUCAGGCAGGACGCAAGCUGCAGCAGAGACACAGGACCUCCAGAGGCCUGAGCUGGAUGAGCAUGUGGACAGGCCUUCCUGGUCCAAACCGCCUCGUGUUCCUCUGGCUCAGAGACUGAAGGAUUUGGAGCGUCAGGUUCUGGCGAGCAGAGAAGAGGAGCUGGCCUGGAGGUUCAAGCUGAGUGGGUUGCUGAGCAUCGUGGACGACUGAAGAUUUUUUUAGGUUUUUAGAUGGCACCCUCUGAAGAAAUAAAAUCUGGUUUUUAACCAAUACUGUGUUCAUUUUAAUUUGGUUUAGUGCCUUUUUAGUCAAAGUCAGCAUCGUUUCUUUUAUUAGACCAAUGUAAUGUUUUAUUAAAGUACUGAAGUGGUUUUGUUUUUCAUUUUGUGCAAAUAUUGAAUAAAGAAAUAUUUUUAU